GACCUUCAGCGCAGAAACGAGUCGUCUUGACCUUUCUCAACUUGAUCACCAUGGCUGCCUCCUCGCUGACUCCUCGUGCUUUGUCCGCUUCCGAGUUGCGAGCGAGUCAUCCUCGCUUUUUCCCCAUUUUUGCGCGACGCGAUAGCUAAGGCAGAGCUUUGUCCGCGACACUUCCGCAACUCUCCGCAAUGGCAUCGCUCCGUUUCGCAGCUGUGCCGAUAGCACGAAGAUGCUUGGUCAGGGGCCUUGCGCGUCCACAGCAAGCUCCUACGGGCAACGGCAUCCGAUGCCUGUCCACGAGUCCGUCACUACGCAAUACCCCGUCCCCCGCGUCCGCGACCCAAAUCUUCCGCGAUGUCGCGCCCUUACGUGACUAUCGCCGAACCCUCCGCUCCAACAAUCGCACAGUUGGCCUGGUUCCGACAAUGGGCGCCCUGCACGAGGGCCAUGUCUCGCUCAUGCGACACGCAGCCGCCGAGAACACCGACGUCUUCGUUACCAUCUACGUGAACCCUACACAGUUUGGGCUGAAUGAGGAUCUUGCCUCGUACCCGAAGACAUGGGAGGCGGAUAUGCAAGUCUUGGGAGAGCUGAACCAGGAACUGGCGAGCGCAAACCAUGGCCGCGUGACAGCUGUCUUCGCACCAACCACAAAGACCAUGUACCCCACACUACCGCCGGACAGUAGUGUACCAGGCGUAGGGAGUUUCAUCGAGAUGCGCCCGCUUGGUCAGCUUCUUGAAGGCGCGUCAAGGCCCGUCUUCUUCCGCGGCGUAGCAACAGUCUGCAUGAAGCUCUUCAACAUCUGCGCGCCAGAUCGCGUCUACUUUGGGCAAAAAGAUGUCCAGCAAACUCGCGUCAUCAAGUGCUUGAUUCAGGACUUCCAUCUAGACACGAGCUUGCGCAUCAUUCCUACCUCAAGGGAGUCAGACGGACUCGCACUCUCUUCUCGCAAUGUCUACCUCGGCACACGUCGCCGUAAUGUUGGCAUCGUCCUCAACCAAGCGCUUCGCAAAGCAGAACUACAGUAUAAAAACGGCAUGAGGUUGCGAAAUGACGUCCUCUGGCCUGCGUUCGACCAUGGUAAUAUGACAUUGCUCGAGCAAGAACAGAUGGAGCCUGGCAAACGCGCCAAGUUCGAGGUUGACUAUAUCAGCCUUGCAGACCCUGAUACUAUGGAAGAGAUUGACCAAAUUGAUGAUUCGAAAGGCGCCAUACUCAGUGGCGCAGUCAAGAUGUUGCCAGUCGAGGAACCGCAAGAGGGUGAGGAUUUAGGCCAGCUGGACUCUGAAGGUCGGCAGGUACCUGUGCGCUUGAUUGACAACAUCGUUUUGGAUCCAAUGAGAUAAGAAUGUCUCGUAAACAUAGAUGAUCAUGGUUAUUCGGAUUUAUAUCAAAUCCAGGGACAUGAGUAUCUGCCAUGACUGGAAACGCGCUGCAUCACUUCAAUUCAACCGAAUGUGACUACCUCUGACAGACCCUUGAAUCGAUGUUUAUCUACCAUAUCCCAUGCAAUGGCAUGUCCAUUCAUAUCUCCUACACCUCGAUUCUGUCAUAACUCCAGACGACCAGAUCUGACUCUUUCCGUGUCACUACAAAGCCCAAAGCCGAUACUACUGGAGUGUAGGCGCUGUAUAGCCGCAGAGAGCUUUACAGCGCGCAGGUGUGCGAAGCAGAAGUGUAUCAACUGACCAAUGUGCAGUAAAAA